UAUUGUGUCAAAAUGUCAAGUGAGUUCUGUUUACUGUUAUUGUUGGUCGGGACAAACCGACCGGAAUUAAUUGAUUAAAUAUUUCAAUAAUUAGUUUUUUGUGGGACACCGGGACUUAACGUGUGUAUAGAGUGAUCAACCGGUUGCGACUUCGACUUUAGUUAUUGUACACGCAAGGGAGAAUGGCUUCGAAUCUAAAUAUGAACGACAGUAGUGCCGCCAUGGAUGACAGUUCGAAGCGACGGAGCUCGCGUUCGAUAAAGCGGAGAAAAUUUGAUGACGAAUUGGUCGAAUCGAGUUUGGGUGCAGGUUUUGGGUCACCUUUGCCAAAAACUCAACGCACACGUACUCAGUCAUUGAACAUAACGUCUACGGAAAUGGAUAAUGCCAUGUCACCAGUUCAUAGUGUUCCUGAAGCAGCAAUUAUUGCAAAUACUACGCCAUCUACUUCAACUACUCAACCACGGAAAGUUCCUCCAAACAGACCUCCUACAAGUACUAGUACAUUAAAUACUUUUGCUAAUGCACCAUCUACAUCAACUGUUUCAACAUCAUCAAAUCGAAAUAGAUCAAGGAAGCAGAAGAAUUUAAAUAAAGAUUUGGGACGUUGGAAACCUACGGAUGAUUUAAUGUUGAUACAAAGUGUUUUGCAGACCAAUAAUUUACCAAUUGUCCAUAGAGGUGUUAAAUUUAGUUGUAGAUUUACACUUAAAGAAAUUGCACAGAGGUGGUAUGCUUUGUUGUACGAUCCAACAAUUUCUAGACUUGCUGUAUCAGCGAUGCGCAAUUUACAUCCAGAAAGUGUAGCUAAUAUAGAAUCCAAGGCUCUAUUUUCUAUUGCUGAAGAAGAACUCUUGGCUACCAUACAAUCAAACUCACAACCCACCAUCGAAACCUUUCAAGACUUGCUCACCGAAAAUCCAAACAUAUUCCAUCGAAGACGCACAGCUAAAAGUCUUAUGUGCCAUUGGCAACAAAUGAAACGAUAUUCUUUGCUAUCAGAUCAGUGUAGUGCCUUAGAAAAUCCCAUACCAAUACCAUUGAUGAGCGCACUAGAAGAUCGAAAUAUUCAUAUUCUAAACAAUGAACAAGAAGUAACCACAUUAACUUCGGAACAUAUUCCUACGUUUGCUGAAUGUGAAGACUUAUUAAAUGAUCAACAUUUAUUGAUGGAAAGACCUGAUCCCGUACUUGAAAGACAUCUCGCUUUAACUAACAAAAAAAUAAAAAAGGAAAUCAAAGUUUUGGAAGACGAAUUACCUAGAGCACAAGUGUUAGUGUUUCCAAUGACUGGUAUCAAUCCUGUGGAGUUUGAACCUCAAACAUUGGCUGUGUUACGUGGCCGAUUGGUCAGAUAUUUAAUGAGGUCUAGAGAGAUUACCAUUGGACGUUCAUCAAAGUAUCAACAAGUUGACGUUGAUCUAAAACUUGAAGGACCUGCUUGGAAAAUAUCUAGACGGCAAGCAACCAUACGUUUGCGCAAUACUGGUGACUUUCUAAUUGCUUGUGAAGGUAAAAAGUGUUUAUAUGUUGAUGGAAAACCUUUGGCAGCUGGAAGUCGCUGCCGCCUCAAUCAUAAUUCUGUCUUGGAGAUUGCUGGAUUGAGAUUUCUUUUUCUUAUAAAUCAUCAAUUAAUAAAUACAUUUAAACAAGAAGCCUGCACACAAAACCAGGUGCAGUUACCCGUGCAAAUAGUUAACCAGACACCGCAGAAACAGAAUGCCAAUCAAAAGUCACAGAAGACUACAGUUACAAAAGCUGAAAAACCUGUGCAGACCAUUGAACAGCAGCAGCAACAGAAAAAACUAUUUGAAGAACAGCAAAAACAGCAAAUGGAAGAUCAAGAGAAAAGAAUAUUAGAAGAGCAGAGACAAAAAAUAUUGCAGCAGCAACAAGAUGAACUAGAACAGCAACUUAAAUUGUUAGAGGCUGAAGAAGAAGAACACAACCAACGUCAACAAAAUUUGUUGUAAACUUUCCAUUUAAGUUAAUAUUUAUAUUGAAAAAAUUGUAUUUAUUAAAAAAAAUAUUUUUUUGUAUAAUUUAAUAAUACUAUAAAACUCCUGUGACGUAUAUUACUGUACAUGGGAUAAUAUUUACUUUUAUAUUUUGAUUUCAUGUUAAACUAGUUGAUUACACAACUUUUGAUAUAUAUGUAUUAGAUAUUCUUUCUCAUUUACACAAUUUUUAAAUUGUAUGAGGUAUCAACAAAUUAUUAUUCAAAUGUUUUAUAGUCAGUUGAUGAAUUGUAUUAAUUUUACCAACCACUAAGUUUUUUUUUGUAAUCUUACAGUAAAUCAAAUUGUAAAACUGUA